GAACCCACAACCUCACCAUUCUCGAUCAAACCGCACCGCCUUGCUACGUCCCGCUCUGCCUCUUCUACCCCAACACUUCUUCUUCUUCUACGCAACAGCGCUCGCUGCUUACCGAGAGCCUCAAGGGUUCCCUCGCCAAAACCCUCAACGUCUACUACCCGCUCGCGGGCCGGUACAGAGACGCCUUCGCCGUCGACUGCAACGACGCCGGGGCCGAAUUCGUCAACGCCCGUGUCGUCGCCGGCUCCAUGUCUGACGUCGUCCGGUAGGCGCCGGACGACGAAGUUUUGGUGCCGCUACUUCCGUGCCGCCCGCGUGGCCGACACGUGGACUCGGAGGACGAGCUGGUGCUCCUGGCCGUCCAGGUCAGCUUUUUCGACGGCUGCGGAGGGGUGA